AUCGAGUGAACAAAGCCAAUCUGCAUAACCUCCUCGAAAGAGAUGCCACCGCUACACCGCUAUACUGUACUCAGUAUACUGUAGUCUCGCAAGCCUCUUUCAGGGUCUGGGUCCUCAAGACUAUGGCUACUGGUGGUGGACACGGUGUCGACAGUGGAGAGGCAUCGCCACUAGAUGAGAUAUGUGAUGGCCUGUCACCACUGCAUAAACAACUCUAUCCUGCUCGUACUAAAUGGUUCAAUAUUGGAUUGAACCUGAACAUUGAUGGUAACGACUUGAGUGCGAUCCACGAAACACACAGCCAAAAUCUUGACACCUGUCUCCGUGAAAUGCUGAUUAAACGUCUGCACUCUGGUUUCCCCCUCUCAUGGAGGGAUGUGUGUGACUGUCUCCGAUCUCCAACCGUGGACCGUAAGGAUGUGGCGGAGAAGAUUGAGGGGUGGAGAAUAGGAAUGAUGAGCAAAAAGCAGUCUAAAUUUCCGUCUCCUUUAUCAGAAACUGGCCUAAUAGGCUCAGAUUGCUCAAGCCUGGAUGACCAAGUUAAACACCUGGAGGAGAUCUUUAAUUUGCUAACUAACGAAGGGUAUCGACGAAUUAAGAAAUCUGGCAUUAGUGUAGAAGAUUUCUAUGCUAUUAUAACGAGCAUGAGUGUAUCGUUAAAACACAUUGCAGGAAAUUAUGUUGAAGAAUGCUUUGAGAAAGCAAACACGCUCGCAAAGAUGUGGGGCAAGUUAAAUCAAUUCUGGGAUUUCUUAAACUAUGAGCUCUUCCAACAUGUGGUUCGAGUUAUGUUCACUGAAGCAGGCGAUCCUUUGCUGAGGAAGCUAGCCGAGUACGAAAGUGAAAGGAAAACAUUUCUAAAUGAAACGAAACUUUGCGAUUUUGUUGACCAUUGGCCGUUUUUAAUCGCAAAGCCAAAGAAACAAUCGAUAGUUAAGUUGAAACGAAUAGUCGUUAAAGUAUGCAAAGAAUGGAAAGACUGUACUUUGUAUGAUGUGAAGACAACUAACAAACUUUUUUCAAAAGGAUUUUCCUUACCUCAAGAAUUUAUGCUUGUGGCAGGUGGUAUCAAGAGCAGUGUCUCCAUCAUCUUAUACGUCCCUCCUUCUCUGGCCUACUCAAUAGAGGAACAGGUGAAGCAAGGAAAAGAAUUUAAUUUCUUAGCAGACAACGGCUUUCUAUCUAUCACCAUCGAUGGUAUCCAGGUCUACCCCCUGAGGCAGGCCUCUCUACAAGGUUCUGUGUCUAGUCUCAGUGAGCUGGGUGAGAUCAGUAGUACAUGUAAUGAAGCAGACAAUGAGACAAGUGAUGGAGAAGAGGCAGAUGUUCAUACCACGGACAUUGAAUACACUUUUACAGGUCCUGGAUCUGAAGUGGAAGUAACCUACAAUCAAAUUCUCAAUACUUUUUGUAAAACUAAACUUGAACUACAAGAGGAAAUUGACCUAGACGUGUCUCCAUGCUCGCUCUGGAAAGCUCUUCACAAUGGAGAGCAAUGUAUGGCAUUAGUAUACAAUGGCGAAGGUGAUAAACUGAAAUUCACCAAAUACAUUGAAGAUGUGCAAAAAAAUAAGCCCAAUGUAAUGCCAGCAAAAUGCAUUCAUUUUGAUACUAAACUCUAUUCACACCCUGUUGUCCUGUUUGAAGUUCAUGAUCAGCAACCAUUAAAAGAGUAUUGCUUUUCAUCUGAGGCCUUAUCUGAAAUACAACAGCUUUCAUUGUUAUUGGAUGCUGCUAUUAGUGUUCUUGCGUUCUCACCAGAUAUUACCCUUCAAUUGACUACAGAAUCUCUGUUUGUACAAACAUCUAGUACUAAUGACACAGAAUCUCUGUUUGUACACAAAUCUAGUACUAAUGACACAAAAGCUAUGUUUUUACCUAUAUAUGAGCAAUCAUACUUCCAUCAAUUGGAACCCAAAAUCAAACCUGAGUUACCUAGCUUGAAUUGGCUCAACGAUAGUCUUCUUUUGAUGGUCCAUCGUAAACAGUGCAGCAGCAAUUCCAAACUACCUGAAAACCACAUUCUCUUCAACAUUUUUAAGCACAGGUGGUUCCCAGACGAUAAACUAGGCUCCUCAAGUACUGUAACAGCAGAUGUUGCCAAAGAACUAAAACACAUACUAGAGUUGGAGAAAACCAGACUGAAAAUGAAAGCUACUCUUGAACUAGCAAAUUCUGAAUAUUUGGAGGUACCACAUUUGCACAUGCUUCUCAUUGGGCACACGGGAGUUGGAAAGACGUCCAUCAGAAAGCAUCUUCAGAACAUUCCCUUUAAUGAUAAGGAGAAAAGCACAAUCAUAAUGGAGCAGGAGCUGCUAUAUCAAGAAACAUUUGAAAGUACAAUAGACUCCAAGAAAAGCGCCGUGGUAUUUAAGAAGCACGACAGUGUUUAUAAGAGCGACCCAAAUAAUAUUUAUCUCACUCUCUGGGACACAGGAGGGCAACCAAUGUUUCAAGAUCUUCUUCCUUGCUUCGCCAAAUUUAGAUCUAUUUAUGGUAUUGUUGUUCGACUUUGUGAUUUGUUGGAUAAUUCCAACGCUUCCAUUAGACCUACCUGCCCACUUGAAAUAGAGAGAGAGUCUCCUUACACAUAUACUGAUUACUUGUAUCGAUGUCUUUCCUUCUUAGACUCUAAUUCACUGGAUGUGCAUCUCAGCAACCUUCCAGAUAUAUUAAAGAAGAGAGUAUUCGAAUUAGCUAGUGGAACGGUUUUUCCUAAAAUAGCCUUUAUCGGUACUUUCAAAGAUCAGAUUGACAUAGAUGACAAGCAAGACUUGGAUCAAAAGCUCCUUCAGUUAAAACUCCAUCUGAACUCUCAAGGAACGAACUUUCAUGAAAAGGUAAUCUUGCCUUCAACUUCUACACCCAACUCUUUUAUGUUUGAGAUAGACAACAGACGAUCAGGAGCGAAGUAUGAUGAUCCUGGAAUGAAAGCUUUGCGAGAGCAAAUAGUUUCCUGCACAAAGAGUGCCAAAGCAAAGAUACCUAACAAAUGGGUUGCUUUCAAGAUUGAUCUAGAACGAGAAUCACGUUUACAACAGCCUUGCACAGGAAUUGUGACAUUUGAAAAAGCUAGUGAAAUAGCUAAAAAGUGUAAAACAGACCUUAGAGCAGCUCUCUGCUAUUUUCAUGAACUUGGUAUCUUCAUAUGGUAUCACGACAAGAAAAGGCUCCAAGAAUAUGUUUUUGUUGAGCCUAAGAACCUACUUUCCAUUCUUGGAACUAUUCUUGAUCCCCGAGUGUAUAAGGAUCAUCCUAAGCAAUGGAAGAGUCUUCAAACACAGGGUAUUCUGAAUGUCCAAGUUGGUAAAAAGCUUCUAGAGGAUAGUAAGACUGGUAUCCCGCUAUCAUGGAUUCUUAGCUUCUUUGAAGAGCACCGUUUAGCAAUGCAUAUGCCUUCACUGGAAAGCUACUUUAUUCCGUCUAUGCUCCAAGUGCUUCCCAUUUGUCCUAAUCAUCAGCAUGUAUUUCAUACGAGAAUUUCAGCCUGUUCUGCACUACGUAAUCAUCAGCAUGUAUUUGGUACGAGAAUUUCAGCCUGUUCUGUAUUACCAGCCGAUUUACAAGUGGCACCACUGUUUUUGGUUCCAAUUUCUAAGUUUAUACCACCAGGUUUUUUCCCAAGACUAAUGACUGUACUUUCUGGAAUCAAAAAAGGCAGAAUUAUAUGGAAACUGUCACCCGAUUUUAUAAAUUGUAAGAACAUGGUAUCGUUUGAAAUUAAUAACCAGUUUCGGCUUGUGUUCACUGAGUUUAUUAAUUGUGUUCGAGCUCACUUUGAUGGACUUACUGAUGACAAUCUUCCCCAGCCUGACUUAUGUCUUCAAAUUGUAUCCACUCUGAAUGUGCAGCUGCAAAGAGUUAUCAAUACGAAAUCGAUACGCUUAACAUUUGUGUGUUCUUGCUCCGAACAUUCAUCUAGCACCCACUUUCUCAAAUAUUUGCCAUUUGCAACUGAUAACCAUGCACCAUGUGGUGAACAUACUGGCAAACAAAUGGAGCUCACUGCUGCCCACAAAAUAUGGUUGACCGAUGAACAUCAUCCAAAGAUAGCUACUCUAAAAGAUGCUGAGGCUAGAUUUGAAGAUGCAAUGGAAGGAAGCAAAUUUGGUCUGCGAUUCACAACAAUCCUUUUCACUGGACUGCCAGAAUCAAAUGUCUUUGCUUGCAAGCGAUUGAUCAUGGAUAAAAAUUUCACGCCUUUUGAGUCAACGCAUUCAUUGGAUUCCAUUCCAGCUAACUUUGAAUUUAGUUGCUACACUGUCAGUGGUGAACGUCUUAAAACUCUACAAGAUGACGAUUUGGAUAUGGUGUUUGCUUGUAAUGCUGCAGUACAGACUCCUAAAAUUAACGAGUCAGAUGAAGCAUCAAGCAAUGUGGAUACGGGGUUUGCUCAUAAUGCUGCAAUAGAAACUCCUGGACCAAAAGGAGUUGCUGAAAAUGAUGAGUCAGAUAAAAGUGUUAUGCAAGAAGGACCAAUUGCUCGAGCUGAAAAGGACGAGUCAGAUAAAAGUGUUAUGCAAGAAGAACCAAAAGCAUCAAUUGCUCGAGCUGAAAAGGAUGAGUCAGAUGAACAUUCUAUACAACAAAGACCAGAAGAAUUAUUAAGUGAAAAUCCUGAAAAUAAUCCAAGUAAGCAAGAAAAAUCUAUUCAAUCUAUUGGUAAAGAAGUGCCAAGAUCGAUAUCUGUCGGAAAUUCACCACAGCAUCUCACUUCUAAUCAGCUCUAUGAGCCAAUAUCUAAAAACAGUAUAUUAAAAUGUGUCUCUUUGAAUUCUAAGAAAAUUUUGCAACUAAUGGUCAAUCGCGAUCGAUCGCUUACAACAGAUUUCGAUAAUUUGACUAUUAUUAAUUGCGUAUGCUGCUCCGAUGUUUGGUUGUUAGAUGUACUACCGAUUUUCCUUCAAGGGAUUGCCAUAGGCAUUACCUGUAUUAGUAUGAGCCAAUAUCUUGAAAAAGAACAGGACAGUUCAGUUUCUGGAGAUAAAAUACAAGUCACUAGCAAGCAACUGAUAAAAGACAUUGGCGUGCUAGCAACAAAAUUGCUGGUAGUUGGAAAGCACGCAGAAGUUGAGUCGAUUGAAACUAAUGAGAGAAUGAGUGAGAUUCUUUUUAGGGAUAAUGGACGGGCAAAGUUCAUUACAGAUGAGGAUGGAAAACAAGCAAUAUUUGAAGUCGGAAAAUCAAGGAGUGAAAUAGAACACAUUGAGCAGCAUCUAGUAUCAUCGUUGGCUUUGAUUGAACUGAAGCAAGCCUCUCUAUCCUGGCACAUGCUUGGUCACGCUAUCAAGAUAGUAAUGCGACAAUACAAUCGGGAAUUUAUUAGCAAACAAGAAGUGUUAAUUAUUGCCACUGAAUUCAAACUAUCUAACACUGAUCUUGAACUUGCCUUACUUAACUUGCACAUGAGUGGCUUGAUUCUAUAUUAUGGCAAUGUCCUUCCAAAUGUGAUAUUUAAAGAUUCGAUUGUAUUGAUCGAAUUGAUUGCCCAGAUAAAUCAUUAUGCCAUGCAACAUAAUCAAGGAGCUAUUAUUCCCCUUACUGCAUUUGAAGCUUGUAAACAAUUUUAUGCUGGAGGAUUGUUCACCUGUAAAGAAGCGAUGUCCCUCUUCAAAGAUUUACAUAUAUUAACUGAGCUGAAAAAUUCGUUAUUCUUGAUGCCAUGCUUACUGAGGGAGAAAGUCAGUGUUGAAACUCUCAGCUCUAUUUUCAGUGCAAAAGACACCAAAGUUGCUCCACUUGUGAUCCAGUAUUCAUUAUCCCGUGGCAUUUUUGAGUACAUAAUGUGCUACUUGUGCUCACCGUGCAAUAGUCACCCAUGGCCAUGGAAAAUUAAGGCUCCUCAAUUUCGAGUUUUCAAAAAUUGUGUGCAGUUCAUUUUACCUGGACUGAAUGUUCUCACUACUUUGUAUAGACAGGAAGAUACUGAAAUGACUGUUUGUAUCACUUCAAUGCAAGAUCAUGAUCAUGAGAUUUUACCAUCUAUCAGAAUAGCAAUUGUUAAUGGUUUAAACAAAGCCGCGGAAGCGUUUCACAUUUCUGGCCAAGCUAUUCCUGUUGUGGGGUUUCAUUGUACAUGUGGUCAGGUUGACCACACACACAUGAUUGUUCCUAGCACAGAGGGUCACUGGAGAUGUUCUGCUACAAAUGAAGUACUUGCACUUCUUUCUGUUCAAGAAAUCUGGUUUAUCAAUCGUAAUGGUACUGACACAGUUACCGUUCACAACGUGUUUGCUGAACUCAUCCCAUGGUCCAAUUCGUGGUACAAACUAGGAAAGCUCUUCAACUUGGAGAGUGAUGUGCUGGAAACCAUAACAGUACAGUACCGCCAAGACACAGAUACAGCACUAAUGGAGGUGAUCAGAAAAUGGUUCCACACUCAUCACAACCCAAGCUGGGAGGAGGUUCAACAAAUCUUCUUGUAUAUGAAACAAUCAGAUACUUCUAUAACUGAACGUUCCAUGACUGAAGAUGUCUUUAAAGAGUGUCUCCCUAGCCUUACACAGUUUGUUAGCAUAUCCACACUCCUUCCAUACUUGCUCAAAUAUCGUCUGGUACAUAUGGCUGACAUCGAUUCUGUACAAUCGCCGUAUCUUGACAAUGUAACUAAGAUAACUAAUCUUUUCAAUCUAACGAAAAGAAAUGGAGGUGAAAAUGGUUUUGACCUACUUUACGAUUGCUUGUUUAAUACCAGUGAGGAGCAUCGAGGACAUGAUGAAAUUAUUCAAGAGCUUAACAGAUGUGAAGAUGUUACAAAAAUCUAUAUUCAAAACCAAACCUACUUGAAGAAACUGGACGAGCUGAUGACCGACAAAAACAACACCAUCGAGCUACACUAUCUCAAGACACACUUCAUUGGUCCUUCGGGUAUUGGCAAAACGACCACUCGACAGCGGCUUGUUGGAUCCAUUACUAACCUGUCUUUGCUGCCCGAAGAUCAAAGGAAACGUUGCAGUACAUUACUAGCCGAGUGUGAACAAGUAUUGGCCUUUGUGGACAAAUCUGGAACAAAGCUUGAAUUCAAAGCAUCUUCAAGUCUAGAGGAAGAAACACAGUUUAUCUUCUCUUACCUUAUGUCCUGUGAACCUUUUGAAGACAGCAAUACUAGUCCACCUAAGGAACAGCCCACACAAGAAACCACUGACCCCAAGAAGCAAACUCAACUCAAGAUCGAUGAAGCACCAGUAUCAGCAACUGAUCAGCCAACACCAGAACCACCGGAAAAGAUCAAUGAAGCUGCUACUGCACCCAAAGAAACGUUAUCACCAACACCUGGGACAACACCAGAAACGGUAUCACCAACUGAUCAGCCAACACCAGAACCACCGGAAAAGGUCGUGAAAGUGACCACUGUAGAUGUUGGAAAGGUUGUCUCGAGACUCCGGCGUAUUGUGGGUUCAGGAGAGUACACUAAAGAGCUGCUGAACAAAAUCCUACUCAAUCUGGUCGAUAUAGGUGGGCAGCCUGGAUUCGUGGAGAUGUUUCCAUUUUUAAGCAAAGGCCCAGGGAUUUUCCUGGUAUUCUUUCGACUGGACAAAGAUCUCGAUGACAUGUGUCAAGUCUCCUACGAACGAGGAAAGGACAAGAUCACACCGUACGAUUCAACGUACACAAGCAGAGAAUCACUCUCUCAAAUCCUCUCAGCUAUCAGCCACCAUACCAAGAUUGACUCGGAUAUUGACAGAGAGCAGUGUAUUAAACUGGGCAAUCUAGGCUAUGCUAAGCCUGUUGCUACCCUCAUAGGUACUUUCAAGGAUGAACUGGCAAUGCAAAUCAAAGUCGAUCUUCUGUACGAGAAAUGUUGUUAUUCAACCAGCAAGAGCGAUAGUACCACUGCCAGUCAAGGCCACAAACAAAAGAAAGCAAUUCGGAACAUUUUGACUCAACAGAAGAGUGAUGAGCAAGCUAACGUCAGUGCAGAAGAUAGGGCUGCCAUUGAGCAAACAGUCAGCCAACACCUCAACUCAGACACUUUCAAGAAAGAUGUCCAAGACCGUUUAGAGCAAAAGUUGACAGAGAAAAACGAAGCUGUGACCAAGAUUACCAGCAAGUUUGAGAAAUUACUUUAUAACCCAAAAGACAAGAAGUUCAUAGCAGUGGACAACUACGAAGGCACUGAUUCUGAUAUGGAACCUCUUCGUGAGCAUCUUCAUGGCUUUAUCAGUAGCUAUUUCAGAGAUGCCAAGCUUCGAAUUCGCCCACAACAGCUUUUGUUUGGAGUUGUACUGAGAAAAGAAUUUGACAUCGUGUCUAUGGAAGACUGCAUUCGUAUCGGUACCGAGGGAUUAAAGAUGAGAGAGAAGGAGGUUCGAUUCACCGUUUGGUACCUGGAUCGGUACGUUGGAACUUUGAUCUAUCAUCCAGAGAUCAAGGACAAAGAUGGUUGGUUUGGGAACUUUGUCAUUUGCAACCCCCAAGUGGUAUUCAACAGUCUCAGUGUUCUCGUUGUCAAUCCGCUGCUGGAGCUCCAUUCUGAAGACAGCCGUAUUCAGUUUAAUGAUGCUGAGAGAAGGAAUUGGAUACUCAAGGGGCAAUUCUCACUGAAAACAAUCACUCGAUGCCAUUCCGAUGUAAACCAGGGUGUGAAGAAAGACCAGUUGAUUCCUGUUGAGAAGCUGCUCAUACUGCUCGAGCAUUCCCACCUUUUGGCCAAAAUCACAACAGUGGAGGAAGACCAUACCACAGAAGAAGUUGAAACGACAUAUUUCAUCCCCGCUAUUCUCAAGUGUGCAUCUCGCGAGGAACUAACGAAACCACCCCCCACUGGCAUUGAUACACCCUCUCCAAUCAAGAUCACAUUCAAACCCCAAUACGUUCCCAUUGGAGUAUUUUGUGCCAUGAUCAGUGAAUUGGUCUCAAGGGGGAGUACUGGAAUUCUGGGCAUGACUUGGAAACUUGCCACUGAUACCUCAGUAAAGAGAAACCUCGUCUCCUUUCACAUUGACGAAUCUGCCAAGCAUUUUGUUACCCUUAUCGCUAACGUCGAUUGCUAUGAGAUACGGAUUAUUCGACAGGACAGGGACCAUACGAUGCACGAGCUUUGUUCCUACGUCCUCUCAACCCUCCUCUUGGUGAUGAAGGACAUCAGUCCACUACUCACUCCAAUCAUUGCCUUCGACUGCUACUGUGGCAAACAUAAAGAUGGUUCCAAGCUUUGUCUCCUCACACCUGGAGCUGAUCCCUGCUUUAAAUGCACCAGCAAAGUCUCUCUGAGUCCUCACCAAGAAUGCUGGUUCGCAGAAGAAGUCAGCCUCGGGGAUGAUGUGUUCCUCCUUGCCCUGCCCUUUGCCUCUAAGCGAGAGUUGAGGGACAAGAGCCUCUCUUUCGAGUGGAGCAAGAGAAGACCCAGAAUUAGUGGGACUGAAAAUGAAUUGGAAGUCAAGGCCCCGUCAAAUAGUCACUUCAAGGGCUUUAUCAGUUGUGAGAUCUCCAAGAACCAGAAGCAUUUCUUCACCGUGUACCACUGCCUCAAAGAGAGUGUUGAGCACACCUCCAGCUCUGAAACUGAUCAGCUGUUUGCAGAUGUGAAGGAAGUGAUCAAAGAGAUACGCUCUGACUGGUACACCCUGGCUAUAGAACUGGACAUUGACUAUGCAACUAGGAAUAGUCUUGAGAAGGACUAUCGCUGGGUUGAGCCAUGCUUUGAGGCCAUGCUGACACACUGGGUGAAGCGCUCCUCUCCUCCCCCCUCCUGGUCUGCCCUUGUUAGAGCACUAGAGUCUCCCGCCAUUGCUCGUGGGGACAUUGCAACAACCAUUAAGACAAAAGCUACCAGCGACAUCUCUCCUGAUAUUUUUCAUCUCACUCACGGUAACGCUGGCUACAGUGUGCUGGUGAGCUGCAGUGAGAAGAUAGUCCAGUCACUGUCUCAUGAGCCCAAAGCCCUAGCUGUUAGUUUCCUGUCAGUCGGACUCAUCACUGAGCGUGUGUUGCGAGAGACUAACGAGCUGAACGAGAUCAAAGCUGACAAAGCCACUAGACUGUACACUGCCCUGCUGGGUGUGGUCAAACACCACCCUCACAAGUACCACGAGUUUGUCUCCACUCUCAGACUCAACCCACUACACACUGACUUGGUCACACUAUUAGAUAGCAAGUACACGUAGUUUGUCUACACGUAUA